AUGGCUCAAAAUUUAGUAACAAAGUGUGUAUCGGCGGCUUUGAAAGAUGUUAAAGUCAAUUCUUUGACUUCUUUCCAUACUGCUGAUUCAGUUAAACAUGCAAUAAGGGAACUGGCUAAUAAGAACACUACAGAGCUUCCAUUGAGUGGCAGAAUAUUGACAGUGAAAGAUAAUCUAUGUACAGAUUACUGGCCCACAAGUUGCGGUUCUAGAUAUUUAAGUGACUAUGUUUCACCCUUCGAAGCUACUCUAGUCAAAACCCUAAAAGAAAAUGGAGGUUUAAUUGUUGGGAAAACGAACAUGGAUGAGUUUGCAAUGGGUACGACUACGAAUAAUGCGUUAUAUGGACAAACAGUAUUCCCAUUGAGUGAAGAUAAAGACAAGUUAUACCAAGUGGGUGGAAGUUCUGGUGGAUGCUCAGCAUCAGUUGCGGCGGACAUUUGUUAUGCAUCAAUUGGUACGGAUACGGGAGGAUCUGUGAGGCUACCUGCUGCUUAUAUCGGCUGUGUUGGUUUUAAGCCUUCGUUUGGAAGAAUUUCUCGUUAUGGUGCUGUGCCUUUUGCCAACAGCAUGGAUACAAUGGGAAUUAUGGCAAAGGAUGUUGAGGGCAUAACAACCGUGUUCGGUUUAUUGAAUCACGCGGAUCCAAAAGAUGCAACCUGUUUAAGUACAGAGAUGCGCACAAAGAUUAAUGCACAUUGCAAAAAGCAUAAAAAAACUGAGAAGCCUAGUGUCAUAGGUGUUCCAACAAAUUGGAACGUCGCUGAAACAGACAAGGAAGUAUUGUCAAAAUGGAAUGAAUUCAUCUCUUUGCUUAAAUCUGAAGGUUAUGAGAUAAAAGAAAUUUAUCUUCCAUACUCUCUGUAUGGAGUGGGUAUAUAUACUUCUUUGGCUUAUGCUGAAGGUGCCUCCAAUUUAGCGCGCUAUAAUAAUGCCAUCUUCGGGUCAAAUGGUCAAGAUCUAGGGCCAUCAUUAAGUUCUAGAUCUGCAUAUUUUGGAGAAGAGGUGAAAAAGCGAUUACUGCUUGGUGCUUAUUCUCUCUCCUCCGGCAAAAAAUUGGGGUUCCACAGAAAAGCUCAAUUAUUAAGAAGAGCUGUCCAGAAGGAAUUCAAUGGUAGUUUUCGGAUUCCCUCUUUACACGGUCUUGAUCCUUCCGGAGACAUUGAUUUUAUUGUUACACCUUCCUUUUUAAAACCCAGUAUGCCAAUUGGAACCAAGACAUCUUCUGACUUUUUGUCGGACAGUAUGUUGGUACCAGCAAACUUAGCAGGAUUGCCUUCCAUAAGCAUUCCUUUUGGACAAGUACAUAAUGGCUUACCAAUGGGAAUACAGAUUAUUGCUCAAUAUGGCGAUGAUGAUUCUUUAUUAUCUCUUUCCAACGCUUUUUGUUAA